AUGGCAGCACAUCUGAAAAAACGAGUUUAUGAGGAAUUUUCUAAAGUUGUACAAAUUCCACAUGAAGAAGCUCCAGCCAAGAAGCUGCGUCUGUCCAAACCCAGUAAGUCUGCAGCUCUGCACGUCGACCUCUGCAAGGCCACCAACUCCACUGAUGCCCUGCAGUACCUGCUGCAGUUCGCACGCAAGCCUGUGGAGGCUGAGAGCGUGGAGGGGGUGGUGAGGAUCCUGCUGGAGCACUACUACAAGGAAACUGAUACGUCAGUAAGGCUGAAGAUCGCGUCUUUGCUGGGUUUACUGUCCAAAACCCAGGGUUUCAGACCUGACUGCAUCGUAGACGACAUCAUUAACACACUCUGCAACGAAAAGUCUCAUCAGGUUCUGGCCCAGCUGUUGGACACUCUGCUGGUGGUCGGUACUGAACUGCCCGACAGUCCGGCUGUCAGACAGAGGCUGGUCCAAGUGUCCUGCAAGCAUCUGUCAGACACGUACUUCGGCGUCAGGAACAAGUGUCUGCAGCUCCUCGGAUGUGUCGGCACCGUGGACGCUCCUCUGAGCAAAGACGGCGACGGACCGGGUUCAUCACCAGGAGUGAGAGACGUCCAGAGUAUCAUCAGUGACUACUUCGGAGACCAGGAUCCCAGGGUCCGGACGGCGGCGCUUAAAGCCAUGCUGCAGCUUCAUGAACGAGGACUGAAGAUUCAACAGAUCAUUUACGACCAGGCGUGCCGGCUGCUGUCUGAUGACUACGAACAGGUGCGUUCUGCUGCUGUUCAGAUGGUGUGGGUGCUCAGCCAACUGUACCCAGAGAGCAUCGUGCCCAUCCCGUCGUCCAAUGAAGAGAUCCGUUUAGUAGACGACGCCUUUGGGAAGAUCAGUCACAUGGUCAGCGACGGCUCCUGGAUGGUGCGCGUGCAGGCCGCCAAAACGCUGGGCUCGAUGCUGCAGGUCAGUCCUCACUUCCUGGAACAGACCUUGGAUAAGAAGCUGAUGUCAGACCUCAGGAGGAAACGUACGGCUCAUGAACGGGCCAAGGAGCUGUUCGCUUCUGGAGAGUUCUCAUCUGGCAGGAAAUGGGCCGACGACGCCCCCAAAGAGAAGCUGGACACCAACACCGUCAACCUGAUCGCCUCUGGGGCCUGUGGAGCCUUCGUUCACGGUCUGGAGGACGAGAUGUUCGAGGUGCGUAUUGCAGCCGUGGAGGCCUUGUGCCAGCUGGCUCGCUCCUCUCCCACCUUUGCAGAAAAGUGUCUGGACUUCCUGGUCGACAUGUUCAACGACGAGAUUGAGGAGGUCCGACUUCAGUCCAUUCACGUGUUGAGACAAAUCUCCACUCAUAUAACGCUGAGGGAAGACCAGCUGGACACUGUCCUGGCGGUUCUGGAGGACUCCUCCCGUGACAUCAGAGAAGCUCUGCAUGAACUACUGUGUUACACCAACGUCUCCACUAAAGAGUGCAUCCAACUGGCUCUGCUGGAGCUGCUCAAGAACCUCAACAAGUACCCGACGGACCGCAACUCUGUGUGGAAGUGUCUGAAGUUCCUGGGUUCCCGACACCCGACGCUGGUCUUACCGCUGGUCCCUGAACUGCUCAGCACUCACCCGUACUUCGACACGCCUGAGCCGGACAUGGACGACCCGGCCUACAUCGCCGUGUUGGUUCUGGUGUUCAACGCUGCAAAGUCGUGUCCCACGAUGCCGGCGCUGUUUUCUGACCACACCUUCAGACACUACGCCUACCUGAGGGACAGUCUGUCCCACCUGGUCCCACCACUGAGGCUCCCAGGGCGGAAGCAGGUGUUGGGUCUGGACCCGGUGGACUCGGGUUCUGCUUCAGGUUCUGUGGAAUCAGCUCAGCUCUUCCUUCAGCAGAGUCUGAACAGGAUCAGUACCAUCCAGAACCUGGAGGCCCCAGGAGCCCAGGACCUGCUCAACUUCACCAUAAGGGACGUGCAGCGUCUGGGUCACCUCCAGACUCAACUCUCCGGUGCUGCAGACUUCUGUGCCACGUAUCUUCGUUGUCAGCUGCUGCUCAUGAAGGCUCUGCAGGAGAAGCUGUGGAACAUGGCUGUUCCAUUAUGUCUGAAACAGAACGUCACCGCCACUGCAGCAGCACGACAGAUCCUGGAGGAAACCUACAAGCUGGAGUUCCUGUACGGGGGUCUGGAGAACCGGCAGAUCGCCACUAUCCACCACGUUCGCCUCCAGGCCAAAGCUCUGCAGCUCAUCCUGUCGGCUCGGACCAGGCAGGGCCUGGAUCCUCUGAUCAGCAGCUGUGAAAAGUUUCUGCAGGAGAUCGAGGCUUUUCAGAGGUCAUUUCUGACAGAGCUGCCACACCUCCACGACAGUUUUGUGGAUAAACUUCUGGAGCUGAAGCCCAGGAUCUCGGCCUGUAGCUCCGUGGAGCUGGUGAAGAUCCUCCAGACCACCUUACGCCAGAGCGGCCUCCUGCAGCUCCGCCUCCCGGAGCAGAUCCACCGGGCCACGGCCACCAUCAUAGAACCCACAGGAGAGUCGGACAACCCACUGAGGUUCACGUCAGGCCUGGUGGUGGCGCUAGACAUCGAUGCAACGCUGGAACACGUCCAGGACCCACAGAACACGGUCAAAGUCCAGGUUCUUUAUCCUGACGGUCAGAGUCAUGUGAUCCAUCCAAAACCUGGAGACUUCAGGAAACCUGGAGCAGACCGACACAGACUGAUCACACAGGUUUACCUGUCCCACACCGCCUGGACCGAACCGUCUCAGAUCGAGGUCCGCCUCCUCCUGUCCUAUAGCUCCGCCUCCUCCUCCCUCUCCUCCUCCAAACAUCUGGGAUGGAGCGACAGCAGCGACGGCCUCCAGUCACCGGAGGCGGUCGUCGAGGGAACCAUUCCAUUUAGUAAACCGGUGAAAGUGUUCAUCAUGCCCAAACCGGCCCGCCGCUGACCCACUGGACUGGACUGGACUGAAGUGGACUGGACUGGACAUUAGAAGCAGAACUCAUUUGCAUUCACAGACAGCUGGACAAACAAACAUAUGAUCCACCUCCAGUCCAGGGCUUAGACUGUAAUUGGUCGUCAUUUGUUUGAGGACUGUUUUGGUU